AUGCUAAGCUCAGAAAACGAAUCAACAUAUAAUGUUGGUACAUCUGUAGACGUUAAACCAAAUGAAGAGGAGAAUGUUUUGGAGAUGGAAUCCAAAUACAAAAAUAAGGUAACUGAGGAUCGAGUCAAUGGGUUGAUCAAGGUUUGGGUUUGUAUACAUGAUAAAACUUUUGAUGAAUAUAAUGAGGAGCUAAAGAUCUUAGAAGUAAUCACUCAAUGUCUAGAAGGAGAAAAAUUAAAUAAGCAUUAUUCUGGAAAAUCCAUACACGUACUCCAAAUCAAAUUUACAGAUUAUGAACAUGUUCCUGCUUAG